GGAGAAAAGAUUACAAGAUGUGUCUUCUUGCUGGGUCUCACCCUCUGAGAAGAAACAGCUCUGGGGCUAAAAGGCAGUGCUGUUUUUCUCACCUUGAGGAUCUAACCCAUAGAGCAGACAUGCUUCCCAGAACAGCUGUAUUUGAAUUUUUUGAUUGACGGCAAAAGGGCCCCACAGCUAUUUUCUUGGAUUGGCUUUUGUGUGUGGUUGCCUCAGUUUCUCACCUUCCUCACUGUUGGUCUGAGCUGUUUGGUUCUUUGCUAUGGGGGCUGCCCCCACACAGUUUCUGCAGUGUGCAUGGCAUGUCCCCACCACGUGCCAGCAGCAAAACUCAAGUCUUGGCCAUUGAGAAUCUCCAGAUAUUUCCCGAUGUUCCCUGAGGGGCAGAAUCACCCCCAGUUGAAGACUACUGUUUUAGAGUGAUAUUGAUGGGGGUCAAAAGAGAAGAAGGUUCACGAUUUCCCUGUGGUCAAAGUUCCCAUCUGCAUUUGCCUGGCUGAAGCAACUGACCUCCAAGCAGUGCUGACACCUGCUUGACAGCAGCCCGAAGCUUUCUCUGUGCUGUCUUUAGGGUCUCCGAGAAUCUCAGUUGUGUGAGCUUCCUGGACGCUAGAGGCAGCCAGCCUUUUAAGCUUGGCUGGACAGGUUCUUUUCUUCCAUCCCUUCUCUUUAGACGGGGAUUCAUCAUGGGCAUCUGGAAUUCCCACACUUCUGUGGGCAACAUUCUGGGCUCCCUGAUCGCUGGAGUCUGGGUGAACCAGCAGUGGGGCCUGUCAUUUAUCGUGCCUGGCAUUAUCACCGCUGUCAUGGGCAUCGUUACUUUCCUCUUUCUUAUUGAAUAUCCAGAAGAUGUGGACUGUACCCCUCCUCAGCACCAUAGUGACCUGGAGAAGGAACGGGACAACCCUGAGGAUCCUGGGACUGAUCCCUAUUCCCGCAGGGACAGUAACGUGGACAUUGUAGCCAGCUCCUCCAAGGAACAUGGCUCUGAGCCUGCAGCCAUCAGUUUUCUGGGGGCACUCAAAAUUCCGGGUGUGAUCGAGUUCUCGUUAUGUCUGCUAUUUGCCAAGUUGGUCAGCUACACCUUCCUCUACUGGCUGCCCUUGUACAUCUUCAAUGUGGCUCACUUUAGUGCCAAGGAGGCUGGGGACCUGUCCACACUCUUCGAUGUUGGUGGCAUCAUAGGUGGCAUCAUGGCAGGGCUCAUCAGUGACUACACCAAUGGCAGGGCCACCACUUGCUGCAUCAUGCUGAUUUUGGCUGCUCCCAUGAUGUUCCUGUACAACUACAUUGGCCAGAAUGGAAUAGCCAGCUCCAUAGUGAUGUUGAUUAUCUGUGGGGUCCUGGUCAAUGGUCCAUAUGCACUGAUCACCACAGCAGUCUCUGCUGACCUGGGCACACAUGAGAGCCUGAAGGGGAACGCCAAGGCCCUCUCCACUGUCACAGCCAUCAUCGACGGCACCGGCUCCAUAGGUGCGGCCCUGGGGCCCCUGCUGGCUGGCCUGAUUUCCCCCACUGGCUGGAACAACGUCUUCUACAUGCUCAUCUCUGCCGACAUCCUAGCUUGCUUGCUCCUCUGCAGGUUGGUGUACAAAGAGAUCCUGGCCUGGAAGAUGUCCCGGAGCAGAAGCAGUGGAUAUGAAGAAAUAUGAGGCCUCGAUUGGAAGAGCAGCAUGGAGGGUCUCUGCUGGGUACCCAAAGUGCUCCCCAUGAGCAAGAGAAUGGAAACUUCCAUCAUAAGGUGAGGCAAAGCCUCCUGAUCCAACCAGUUCAGCCCAAGCCCAUCCUGCCACUAAGGGUACAGAAGACUAUGGGAAGGGACUGCCGAGCACCAUGCCUGGAAAAAUGGAAGACUUCAAGGCCUGAGCUCUGGGAGCUGCAACCAGAAGGGCUGGGGCUGAAAGCAGAAGGGAAGACAUGUUCAAAUUCUUGCUUGUUUGAAUCCCAAGCAAGGACCAAGGCCUAGAAAAGGUGCCUAUCUCCUUCCCAUGUUAAAUUAUAACCUCUGUAAUUGGUCUGUACCUAUGGGGGCAUCUCACCUUGUUUCAAAGGUGCUGGGCCUCUCUUUGUCCCUUUGUCUAUGAACUAGUCUGUAUGUGUUUCCCCAAGUAGGACCUUCUUAUCUAUCCUCCAGCCUGGGAGAGCUGCAGUGCCAGAAAGGCCAACUAUCCUGUUGGUAACUCAGCCACUUUGAAGCAUUAGCAUUGCUCCUGUAGAGCCAAGGCUAGAGUGGAGCAAGGGAGCUGCCAUGAGUACUGAAUGUAGGGGGAACUCACUCUGCUCCUGAGCAUAUCCAUCGCUUCCCCCUGAAGAUGCCUCAGUGGGUGAAGACAUUGGGGUCAGUACUGUGAAGACUAAGGGGUGUUGGGCACAACUGAAAAUACCAGUGUGUGUUAAGCACCGGGUGCUCACUGCAUGGCAGCUCUUCUGUAGGAAUGAACAAGAAAAUGGAUACAGAAAUGACUUAGCACUGAGCAUAGGUGUCAAGUUUAGCAAGAAAUGAGUGUACCACUUGAUUCAUCCAAGUAGCUGCUAUGUAGCGGUUGCUUGGAGCCAUCUUGCAGCCACCCUCUUGCCUGGUAUUCUGAUGCACAUGCUUCUUCCACUUUGAGUCCUCCAUCAUGACAUGCCAGGCUGACACCUGGCAUUUCCACCUGACCUCUAAGAUGCCCAUCAGCACCAAUACAGAUUUGUUUUGCCAACUGUGCCUGUGCUUAUCCUUGGUGGGGCCUGGCAUAGCGGCAGCUGUGGGGCUCACGAGGGGCAGGGAAGAGAUGUCACAGGACCAAAGAGAUUGGUGUUCUGGGGCUGUGGCAGCUGGAAUUCCCAGAAGGCAUGUCCAUGACACUGGUAACACAUGCAACAUAGCAGGAGCCUAGACCCCCAGGGAUACAGGAUACAGUCAUUGCAUUUACUAGGAUGCUGUGUUGGUCAGUAUGUUAGCUGGACACAUUGGCCUUAGCAGUAAAAUAUAAAGCUCAUAUGUCUGAUCCUCACUUUGAUUCUGCAGGAAGCAGUCAGUCAGGAACCUCUUAUAUUCAGGACCUGGUAGGGGGGCAGGGGCUGACACAUGGUAUUUUUGCUCAGUGUUCACGAAAUCUUUCUAGACUAGAAAGAAUUUUAACUAACCAUUAUGUGGAAGGGGCAAACUUAAGGCGAAGCUGUGUUACUUCUCUACACCACUAGAUGGUGAUACCAUCCCGUGGUAGAGUCUAGGGUGGGCAGGUGUUGCCAUUCUGUUUCAGAGAAGGAAGCCUGUGAGCUUUCCUGACUCUCAGACUCCUCCCCAGCAUCCCUUGAAGGUCAGCAUCCAAGGAGUGUUUCUUGGAGGCCAUCUCCCUCCCAGCCUCAUUACACUACGUUCUUCCUGUUUCCUCAUCUAGAACAAGGGUAACAUUGCUUGUAUCAUAGCAUUGAUGUGAAGAGAGAUAGUGCCGAUCACACUGGCUGCCCUUAUCUCCAUAGCAAAUAAAACAGAAUCUGAAAAUAGAAACAAUACAAGCAAAAAAGUACAUGGGUGAUCCUGGUGGCUUCAAACGUGGCGGCUUCUGAAGGAAGAGUUCAUGGGCUUUGUAUGACGAGGCGGCAGAGAGAAGCAGCUCAUAGGAAUCUUGUCACACCUUCCUCUAGGAAUGAGGCAUGAGGAGCAGAGCCAUGUACUCCAGGCAGGCAAG